GGAAUCUUCUAAUGUCCUUAGGGUGCUUAGCCGGCCUGGUCCUGCCCACCUUGUCGCCUGCCUCCUACACUGCCCAUCACGUUCUGUUGCCCAAGAGAUGAUGCAGAGGCCGGCUGAGCAAAGGAAAGGGAGGAAGAGCACGCUAGCCUAAGGAAUCAGCCAGCAGAGGCCCAAGAGGAGACACAGACCCUUGCUCUCCGGCAUUCCUGGGGGCGGCAUUCCUGGAGGCCGGGAUGGGGCAGCAGUUCAGCUGGGAGGAGGUGGAGGCGGCGGGCGAGAUGGAUGUGGCGGAGCUCCAGGAGUGGUACAAGAAGUUCGUGGUGGAGUGCCCCAGCGGCACACUCUUCCUGCAUGAGUUCAAGCGCUUCUUCAAGGUCACGGGUGAUGAGGAGGCCACUCAGUAUGUAGAAGGCAUGUUUCGAGCCUUUGACAAGAACGGGGACAACACCAUCGACUUCCUGGAGUACGUGGCAGCCCUGAACCUGGUGUUGAGGGGCACCCUGGAGCACAAGCUGAAGUGGACCUUCAAGAUCUAUGACAGGGACCGCAAUGGCUGCAUCGACCGCCUGGAGCUGCUGGACAUUGUAGAGGCAAUUUACAAGCUGAAGAAAGCCUGCAGGGUGGAGAUGGAGGCCGGGCAGCAGGGUCAGCUGCUCACACCCGAGGAGGUCGUGGACAGGAUCUUCCUUCUGGUGGAUGAGAACAGAGACGGCCAGCUGUCUCUGAGCGAGUUCAUCGAAGGUGCCCGUCGUGACAAGUGGGUGAUGAAGAUGCUGCAGAUGGAUGUGAAUCCCAGUGGCUGGAUCACCCAGCAGAGGCGGAGAAGCGCCAUGUUCUGAGUGUCCGGGGCCCCGGGGGAUCCUGUGGGAGUCCACAGGCCCUUCCAAGACUCCAGGCUCACAGGUCUCCAGAGUAGUGGGAGGGCCACUGGUUCAGCCCCCUUAUGCCCACUCCUCCCAGCAGCCCAGGGAGGGAAAGGGGCUGGGGGGAGGGAGGGGCUGUUGGUCUGAAGCCACCAGCAGGGCGAAGUCCAUUGAGAGGAUUUACUGGGGCGGUGAAGGGAAUGGCCUACUCACUCCCUUGAGCUGCCCCAGCGGCACCUCUGCCUGGGCUGGGUAGUUGCGGGGCCCCCACAAAUUCCUGCAUGGUUCUUAGCUGGAAGCAGGGGCAAACUGAGAGGCGGGGUCGCAUAGACCAAAUGAACAAUGAGAACGCCCCCUCCUGUGGGAAACAGACUGAUGGAAGGGAGGGGCUGGAAGGUGUGGAGAGGACCCCCAGGGUACUAAGGAGCACUCAUGGGAGGGUGCUUGCCUCCUCCCCGCCAAGUUGUCCCCACCUGAGGUGUCGACAGGGAAAACUGCAGCAGGUCAGGCUGGGGUCUCCUGCCCUUGGAGGGGUCAGCGAUCCUCAGAGGGGCCGCUUCAGCUCUGCACAGCCGCUGCUCCCCCCCACUCUCCGCUCCAUCCCCAGCCCUCAUCCCCACCCUUGCCUCUCUGAGCAUGGCCCUUCCACAGUCCCAGCCGCAGGCCAAAUGUGUCUCCUUAGUGAAUGGAGAAACUGUCCCACUGUCUCAAGGGAGAAUUGGGGGCCUGAGGACCCAGGUUCUAGGCCAGGCUCUGCCUCCAAUAGCUACGAGACCCAAGAUGGCCACUUCUCUUGCUGACCACUGUUAGUGAGGUGGGCUGGGCUGGACCAGCAGUUUCCAGAUGAUUAUUUUUUCAGCUGUGGAAUUAUUUCUGUUACACAAACUCUGUGUGCACCCCCAGUAUAGAAACUGGAUUAAAGAGGAGCUGCUUGGUUGAAGAGGGGCUGAGCCCCUCAGACCCUCCCACCACUGGAGCCAGAGGCUCCCCUGAGAACUCGGGGCCCUGGGCCGGUGUUACCCCUGGGACCCGGGAAAGUGCUUGCUUUACCUCGAACAGAUAUGUUUUCAUGUUGAUGGAUGAAAAAUAAAACAAAUCUGUUGAG